AUGAUGCUUGUUUCGUCAAAAUCAUUGUUGACUUUCUUAGCUCUUGUUUGUACAUUCUUUCUUUAUACUCACGAUCACUUUUCAACAUCACCCGAUGAUUACGCCGUGCCACCGUCGACCACGUCAGAGGCGACCAUCUUCGACUCAAAAGCCAGCACUCCGCAGAGUGCCCUUUCCUCGGAUAUUCCUCCAGCUCCCGCAAACUUUGUGCCCGAGACUACAGAUCGUACCGGCCAUGUCUCGGAGGAGAUGCGGCCCAGGAUCUUGCAGGCGACCAUGAUGUUCGGCGAUAAGUACAUCGGACUCAACGAGCGAACCCUCCAGAGCCACGUUGAUCACGCGAAACGCUGGGGCUACGGAGACCAUGUACUGAGACGGGAGAUUGUGGGAGCAGGCCAGUGGGACAAGUUCAUCUUCAGCAAAGUCUUGCACGUCCAGAAUCUAAUAAUUGGAGAAUUGAAGAGGCCAAGAGAGGAGCGGGCAGAGUGGGUGAUAUGGUAUGACGCAGAUACCUUGAUACUUAAUCCAAAUAUAAAGUGGGAAAUCUUUCUUCCUCCCGACACCUUUCCCGAGAUCAAUUUCAUGGCCACAAAGAACCUUGAUGGCUUCAACGCCGGACUUUUCUUCUUCCGCGUUGACGAAUGGAGCGUCGAACUCCUCUCCGAUGCAUAUUCGCUUCCCAGACUUCGUCCCGAGAUCGACAUUGGAGGCAACAUCGAGCAGAACGCUCUGAAGUACCUUUUUGGUCAAGAACCACAUAAGAAACAUAUCAUUUAUCAGCCCCAAGCCUGGUACAAUGGCUUCAAGGGCGAUGAACGCGCCGAAACCGAGAUCAAUGGAGGAGACUUGCUCGUGCAUUUUGCGGGAAUCAAUCAUGACAAUGAAGAAGAAAAGAAAAACGAGCUAAUGAGUCAGUGGUUUGCGAAGAUCGAGGCCCAACCGGAUGAAUGGGAGGUUCCUGUCGAGAAGACAAAGUACCCAGGAGAGAUCGAAGCGUUCUGGAGGACGUAUAAAGAAGCGAAGGAUUUGCUGGAUACUGUCCAUGUUAGGCCCGACACUCAAUCAGGUCCGGAUCAGGACGUGAAACGUGCGAGGGAUGAGCUGAAGUGGGCGAUUGAAGAGCUGGCGUACGAUGCCGCGCAUUUGAAGAAGUGCAUGAUGGAUAUGGCGCAAGCAUUGAGGGCGGCUGAGAACCCACAGGUGCUAGCUGGGUCUGGCGGUCAUGCAGAUCAGCAGGCGUUUGGGAGUGCUAAGGAAUAUACGCGGCCCGCAGUUGGCGGACAGGAUCGUUCUCUGGACACUCAAGAGCAGUUUGCGACUGACACGGUUGUGCAGGACGAGACUCCUGAAGCAUCACGACGAUUCAAGAGUUCUCCAGAGGAGCAAAACUCUGCUGAUGAUCAGGCACCGAUCGGUUAUGCCGAUGUCAGCGUUGGUUGA